AGCAUACCGAAAUGACGGGGAAGGGGCAGAACGAGCGAACAAGCGACAAGAAGCGAGCGCAGACUGGUGGAAAAAGAAAAAAACAUGGCUGUGGAUCAGUAGGGUGUCUGUUCGGCAGCUCUUUAUCACGAAAUAAUGUUUGUCAUCUAAACCAGAAAAUAGAUAAGUUGACGGACAUCCGGCACAGAUUAUCCAAUUCCAAUAUGUCAUCAAUUCAUUUGGUGGUGCACCCGCUCCCGGGCACUGAGGACCAACUCAACGAAAGAUUGAAGGACGUAUCUGAAAAGAUGAACCGGUUCGGACAAGCGACGCCCGGCGCCCUCGGCAGCGUCAAGGUCGGCAUCAUUUCCUGUGCGGUUGGACCUUCUCACGUAGCCUUGCUGCUGGAGGAUGGUCGUGUCUGCAGGAUUGCCUUCUCCAUCAUCACAGACCGCCUCGAUUUGAGCCGCAAUGACCCUGGAAAAUCGAACAAGACGAGCGCAAGCAGCAGUGCAAGCCGACAGCUGACCCGGACGAGGUCACGGAUUAUGCGUUCUGGGCCCCUCAGAGGCACUGGCAGGGGCACAGGAGGCGUCAUUAUGGCCAGCACUGGCAGCCGAUCAGUGGUGCCCUCGGCUUACGUGCCUGAGGAGCUAGUAUCGCAAGCCCAGGUUGUUCUCCAAGGCAAAAGCAGGAACCUUAUCAUCAGGGAACUGCAGAGGACAAAUUUGGAUGUCAAUCUGGCUGUAAACAAUCUUCUGUCACGAGAUGAUGACGAAGGUGAAGACGGCGAGGACGGCCAAGACUCUUAUGUGCCGGAAGACCUCAUGUCUCUGUUGGAUGGAAGUAUUCAUGGAGACCACAACAGCGUCAUAAUUGAUGCAGACUCAAUGUUCUCUGAAGACAUGUUCAACUACUCCUCGAUGCGAGCUCGCAGUGGAGCUCCAGUGGGGCUCAGUAGUCAGUCAAGCAGGCGACCUGCAGGUGAGCGUUCGGGUUCUGCAGCCGCAGAUCGCGGUGGUGACCUUUCUGAUCGAGACCGAGAUAGUUUCUCCCGCUGGAGAGACAGACAAUAUUUUGGACCUGGCCGCCGCUGGCUUGAAUCCGCUCUAAGAGAUUCAGGCUGGGCCGACAAAGACACGACUGAAGUGAAGAAAAAGGAAUGCGUCACACAAAGUCCAUUGUGGGUGUCAGACGAAGUCGACUACUGGCCUACCAGGGGUGGUGAAAUGCCACACCGUUUUUCCAUGAUUGCUGCUCUCCACUCGGAAUUGGUCGCUGUUAAUCAGUAUACUGGGCAGCUUCAUCAGUGGCGAUGGGCUGAUGCUGAACCCUAUAGAAACGUUGAAAGUGGCAAAGAUGUUUUUCACCCCAAAGCGACGAGUCUUGCGUUGAAUGGCGAGGUCAUCUCUCAGAUGUCAGCCUGUUCAACCAGGUGCACAGUUGUCACCGAUUCUGGCCGAAUCGCAAGCUGGAUGGAUGAAGCUCUAGGACACAGUGUUGCCCUCAGACUGGAACACGCUGCCACUAAUUUCCCUGGCGAGCUGCCUGCCGACUACAAAAUCAACAAUAUUUAUGUCUGCUCUCUCUGCACUGUGGCUAGGCUUGAAACGGGAGCGUUCUAUUGGUGGGGUGUGUUGCCAUUCUAUCAAAGAAAGAAGCUCUGGGACAGGCACAGAGCGAAGACCAAAAAGAGCAAGUCAUCUGGCUCUUCCUCUCACUCAACAGACAUUGUGGCUGGAAGCCAGGUGUGCAUGAAAAGUUGCCCAAUGUACCAAGCUGGAGCGAUUGGUUUCACUGUAAUUGGUGGUGUACCAAAAGUGGGUCAGUUGCUCCACUCUGCUUGGAACUUCAAUGAGGUUUGUCGCUUCAAGCUUCUGCCACAGAGUCCACCGCCACAGCCACCACCUUCAAAUUCAUUGUCUUCUGCACUUGCUGGGGUGAUUCCCUCAGGCAGCAGUGGCAGUGGUAAGACUAGUGAAGGCUCCAUGGCUUCUCAAUUACUAGCCAUGGUUAACGCAGCCUCUGGAAAUUUCCCUGCCAACAAUGGGGCCGCUACCUCUGGGUCGAGUGCUCCCUCCCCCUCUGCAAACACUACUUCAGUGGCCAAUUCGCUGCUGCUGCUUGGAUCUAAGAGCAGCAAGGAGACUGCUGACCGACUAGAUAUGCCCCCUCCUCCCUCUCCAGCCUCGUCCACCUGCUCUGACACUGGCAGCAUUGCCAGCAACUCUCACAAGAGGCACAAGAAGAUGGCACCAAAAGGCGAGGACAGUGAAAAGAAGGACGAGGAAGAGUGGCCCUUGAAGGAUGUAAUUUUUGUUGAAGAUGUCAAAACAGUGCCUGUUGGCAGAGUUCUGAAAGUUGAUGGUGACUUCGCCGCUGUGAAGUUCCCGACCAACGCCACCAGGGAAAAAGAUCCUAAAGAUGUGGGCUUGACCUCGGAAGAGGCAGGAAAUCCCCUUCAAGAUUGUAGACUUCUCAGAGUAGAUGAGUUACAGGUCAUAAAAUCUGGAGCAACAUCUAGGUCUCCAGAUUGUUUCCAGAAGACCCCAAGAAAAAUAAACAUCCCAGACAGCAACCAGAUUUUGGCAGUCGCCAUUGACAACCAGAAUAUUCAUGGCAUUGUCCGACUUGGGAACAAAUUCAGCUACUCGAUCUACAACUUAAGCUCUGGCAGAGUUGAGCAGGAGCAUUUGUUUCCAACUGAUUUGACCGCCUUCAUGGGGCAGGACCCAAGCAACAUCAGCCUAACUUGCACUGGUGAAGGUGAAACAGUGCUGCUGCUGAGAGACGGCAACCGCUCCAUCUAUCCACUAGCAAGAGACUCUCUGGACGCCAUCCGCGAUCCCCACUGGCUUGACCUGCCUCCCAUCAAGUGUUUGGCCGCUGGCCUGCAUCCUCUUGCUGGGAGUAAUUCAGCUAGCACUGCUGGCGCUUCAAGCAGUGCCUCAAAGACUCAAGUUGCUGUCAUGGUGCUUGUGAUGGAAAACCAGAUACUAAUGUCUCGAGUAUUGAGAUGUGACUUGGAAGGUGUGACAUCUGCUCUUGACUCUCUGGAACAAGAGUCUAAGUCAUCCUCCAGCUCGUCCCAGGCAACUGGUUCUAUUAUUGUGCAAGAGAGGUGUGAUGGAAAUCGUAAUGUGGUCCAUGCUUGUGUUGCCAUGUGUGCCCCAACCUCUAACAAAGAAGACUCUACCAGUGAAAGUGGGCCAUCUCUGGAGCCCAUAAAUGUAAUCACCAAUGCUCUCACUUCAAGCAAGUCUGUAAGCUUGCGAGAUAUGAUGCGUCGUGCUACACGAUCAGCCACACUUGGUGAAUAUCUGCAGGACCCCUCGGCCUCCUCUGGAGCCAACGAAGAUCCCAUUCCAACACUUAGUUGGCCUCCUGAGACUUUUGAGACAAACAGCGGCGACGAAGAUAGCCUAAUUGGCUCGCUGUCCUCGCAGCCUAAUAAAUCUGGACUUGCAGGAUCGUCUGCAGGUGGUGGAAGCACAAAUUAUAUUGUUGACCCAAUUGAGAGAAAGAACAACGCUCACUCAAUCUUGAAACUGCUGUGCGAAAACGCUGCCCUUGCUCCAUACCUGAAGACUCUACUGACAGCUAAAGACGCACAGGGUCACACCCCCUUCAUGCUAGCCGUCUCGCAGAGGGCAUACCAAGCUGCCCUCACCUUGCUGGACGCUAUCCAGCGACUCUCCCGAGACGAAAACGAAAUGCUCAGCAUGGUGUAUCCAUCUGGUUCCUCGCCAGACGACAAUCCUCUUCACGUGCUCUGCUGCAACGACACAUGCAGCUUCACGUGGACUGGUGCUGAACACAUAAACCAGGACAUAUUCGAAUGUCGGACCUGCGGGCUCACUGGCUCUCUUUGCUGUUGCACAGAAUGCGCUAGGGUUUGCCACAAAGGCCACGACUGCAAGUUGAAGCGCACCUCUCCCACCGCGUAUUGCGACUGCUGGGAGAAAUGCAAAUGCAAGACCUUGAUUUCCGGCCACGCACCGUCUAGGAAUGAUCUUCUAAAUCGUCUGGUGGCAGAGUGUAGUGCUCUCGUCAGUAUGCCAAAUGGACGGGGAGAGUCCAUCUUGCUCUUCCUCGCGCAGACCGUAGGCCGUCAGCUUGUAGAACAAAGACAGUUCAAUAGAAAUGCACGUUCAAGAACAACAUCUUCAAGGAAAACUCCCUCCUCAGAUGUUGAGCCAGACAUGCCUGACCAUGACUUGGAGCCCCCAAGAUUUAGCAGACGAGCGCUGGAGCGUCUUCUAGGAGACUGGUCUGCCGUGAAAAGCAUGAUUAUGUCGGGAGUAGCCCCUGGUCCAGGCACCUCAGGAUCAAAUGAAGACCAAACAUAUUUGACCAGUCAAACAGGCACCACUUUGCUUGACAAGUUCACCCACUGCCUGAUUGUUAAAUGCUGCAAUGAGAUGCUUGAAUUUUUGCUGACCACCCUCGUCAGAGAGAUGAAUAAUGAACAAUCAGUGAAGGGCAACCAAGCUACACUUGUAGCCCGUCGCUUUGUGCGAUCUGUGGCUCGCAUCUUCGUUGUGUUCAGCGUGGAAAUGGUCCCUACUGGAGGCAAGAAGAGACUAAACACAACCAUGUCGCAGCCACUGUCCAAAUGCAAGCGCGUUUUCAAGAGUCUCCUCCGUGUUUCCAUCGAGGAGUUGUGUGAGACAGCCGACGCGCUGAUAGCUCCUGUCAGACUGGGUGUCGCAAAACCUACAGCGCCAUUCCAUUUGGCCUCCAACCACAAUGAUGUCAUCCAGGGUGGUGAAGAACUCUUCUCUGUUGAGCCCAUGCUGCCACACUCUUCCCAUGGAAUCUCGUCUAUCGUUGGCAGCCGCAGUCUCACAGCCUCUGCUGCGGCUCCAGCUUCUGAUGUGGUAGCAAUGAUGGCAGAAGAGCUUGCUGGAGAAGUGUCCACUGAUGGCGUGGCAGGUGCGGUUGAAGACGCUGCUGUUUUACAGUCAGGCCAGCGGGAAAUGUCGCCCGUAAUAGUCACAAGACGACUUGUCACUAGAAACCAGGAUAUGUUUGAAGAUAAUGAAGGCAGCGAACAAGGAGACUCAUCAGAACGAGCAGUGGCUGGAGAUGCAGAGGCCAGCGGUGCAGACGAAGUUGGUGGCGGAGAAGGAGAGAGUGACGCUGAAUUGGACUUGCUUGCUGAAACAGAGUCAGAUUCAGAUGACAACCAAAGCCAGCAUGAACACCAAGGUUCAAACGCCCAAGCAUCUCGAGGAGGAGGUGGUGGCCAGGGCAGCGGAAACUCGGUUGGAGGAGUUGGAUCUCUAAUUAUGUUCCCUGAAGAGGACUCCGGAGACUCAAGCCAACAAGAUGAUGAUGAUUCUGACGCUGACACAGAACCUUUGGACGCUGACGAACUCCAGCUAGGCGAUGAGCAGCUGGAGAGAAGGGGAGGAACCAGUGGAACGCAUGGACAGCGUAGUAAUUUGGCUCCACAGUCCAUGCAAUGGGCUAUAAGGUCAAGGGAGUCUGCUCCUAGGUCUGGCGGAACUCGCGUAGGUAAUGCCACAACCCUACAUAGUAGCUCCACCCGUUCCGGCGCCCGAGUAGGAGGAAGCUUGGUUUUCAUUGACCCAGGUUCCUUGAGGAGGACAGGCACCACUGGUGCUGCCGUAGCUGCAGCUGCUGCCGCUAGCGUCAGCCAAGAACCAUUAACUAUGAGCACAACGGCUAGCUGCUUGGCCAGAGCGUUUGGAAUAAUAGUGCGUCAAGUGUCUGACUUGGUUGCCAUGAUUCCAGAUUACAGGAACAAUCCACCGCAGCUCAAUCGUUCUGUGGAUUUGUCUUCACAAGAUGUAAUUGCUGUUCAGAACUUCAUGGAAUUUCAACUGAAGCCCACUUGGGACUGGUUAUUGACGGUCAUGGAUGCGACAGAAGCUCAGUUGAGGUUUGGAGCCUCCCUAACCAGCACAAGUGACCCUGCUCAUCCAUCGCAUCCUUUACAUGCUCCAAUCGUGGGAGCCGCCACCACAAGCAGACCAACGGUCGCUCUCACUGGAGCAAGACCAAGAGUUGUUUUCUCCGAUGGACGCAGAGACAGAGAGACUGCAGAUCCGAAUGCAACCAGAAGAGAGUUCCUCACCUACUGUCUUUCACUCAUGAGGGCACACAACAAUGAACACAGAGAUAGUCUACCCGUCUUGGAUGUGUCUGCCCUGAAGCAUGUCGCCUACGUGUUUGACACUCUGAUCUACUACAUGAGAGCCAGUUCGGGCGAUGUCUCACACCAAUCGAGCGGAAAUAAUGCGUCAGGGAACGCUACAGCUGACUCCAGAGAAAACAGUUUCAUGGCUGACGCUUGGGAUAACCAGGAUGAAAACGAGAAUGAAGAGAACGACGAUGAGCUAUCACAACCACCGGUCGCUAUGGAGACUGAAAGCAUGGAGGAUGAAUUGCCUUCAACUCCUCUACAACCAUCUCAGCAAAUGUCGUUUUUGCAAGGCUCUAAAGGGCGCAAGCACCCCUUCUUCCAAAGAUCAGAGUCGACACUUUGUCUUGGCUGCCCACCGCCUGACCCGUUUGAUAGUCCCAUUGCUGAUGCAAUGCCGUUGGCUGAGCAGCCGCAGCUCUUGCAGCCAAACGCGAGGCGAGAGGAUCUCUUUGGCAUUCCUCGCCAGUCGAUCAUUGUGCCAUCGAGCAGCUCUAGCCUGCCUGGCACCUACAACCCUCUGGAGAAGCUCCCAACCAGACUAGGACUGUCAGCCCGUUCAAGCGCAGAUCCCUCUUCAAACAAGCAAAGCGAGCCUAAGGAAGAGGCCAUGGAGACUGACGGUGACAAUAGCCACAUUGAGAGAGCGCCUAUCAUAGUGUCACCCCGUAAAUCCACCGACGAAGUCAGCCGCUCUCCCACGAAAAGUGUCAUUGUCAGAGUCGGUCCUACCAGGGACACCCCUGACGUGCUAGUAGUUCCAACUGAGCCACUUAGGUCCGAGGCGGAAUCUGCAGGAGCUAAUGUUACGGUGGAAACGAGCCCUCCUGUAGAAGUGUUGCAACGGCCGCAGCCCAGUUUGAGCCACUCAGUGUCGCAUGAUUUGCUAUUGGGUAGAUGGCGACUGUCCCUUGAUCUCUUCGGCAGAGUAUUCAUGGAAGAUGUCGGUCUCGAACCAGGCUCUGUUGUCUCUGAGCUGGGUGGUUUUCCCGUGAAGGAGGCUAAGUUCCGGCGAGAAAUGGAAAAGGUGCGCAACGCCCAACAAAGAGAUCUGGUGCUCAAUAAGAUGGAGCGCGUUCGCGGCCAGCUUGUUCUGAUGACUUUCAAGGAAUUCAACACACAGUUCAACAACUACAACCGCCGCAGCAAUGGCGCGCAGCCUCCGCUUGCUGUUAAUAGGGUGAAAGUUACCUUUAGAGACGAACCUGGAGAGGGUUCUGGAGUGGCCAGAAGCUAUUACACAGCUCUUGCCGAGGCUUUGCUUAGCACUGACAAAUUGCCAAACCUUGAAACGGCUCAGGUCGGCUCGAAGUAUCCUCAGUACAAUGUCCUCAACCGUUUGCGUCCCCGCGAAUCGGGGCGAAGAAAUGCUCUUCCUCGCUCAACAGCAAGCCCUAGGUGCAGGGAGAUGAGACGUACACUAUCCGCUGAUGCCAGACCCUUUUACCCCUCUGGAGGAAGCAGCAGCGACGCUCAGCUGCAACAUCUGGCCCCGCCUGGCGGCAGCAACGACCACCUCACUCCUCACCAGCAGCAGCUUGGCGAGCGGCUCUACUAUAAAGUCCACGGCCUGCGACCCCACUUAGCUAGCAAAGUCACUGGAAUGCUUCUCGAGUUGAGUCCUUCUCACCUACUCGUGCUACUCGCGUCAGAGGACGCCUUAAGGGCCAAGGUCGAAGAAGCUGUCGAACUGGUAGCUAACUCCUCUGACAUGGCCUCUGAAGCAUUAUUAGAUCUUGACGUGUUCAGUCUCUCUGAGCGUAGCAAGCGAGGAUCUCAAAGCGCUCGCGCAGCUGACUCUGAGGAAGCCAUGGAGGAGUCUCCUGAGGACAAUGCCCCGCUGUUCUACUCCCCUGGAAAGCGUGGUUUUUACUCUCCCAGACAAGGAAAGGCGACCCCUGAGCGACUCAAUGCGUUCCGCAACGUUGGCAGACUUGUCGGUCUCUGCUUACUCCAAAAUGAGCUUUGCCCGAUAUUUUUCAACCGCCAUGUCAUCAAAUACAUAUUAGGCCGGCAAAUCCGUUUUCAUGACCUCGCCUUUUUUGAUCCUGUGAUUUACGAAAGUCUCCGACAAUUAGUUGUGGAUGCAGAGUCCAAGGACAACGGCACAUUCUUCAACUCUCUUGACCUCACCUUUAGCAUUGAUCUGUGUCCUGAAGAAGGUGGCGGCUCUGCUGACCUCAUUCCUGGCGGCCGAGACAUCGAAGUGAACGCAACUAAUGUUUACGAUUAUGUGAGACGCUAUGCUGAAUUCAGAAUGCUGCGAGCACAAGAAAAGGCUCUUGAGGAACUUCGGACUGGAGUCUUUGACGUCCUGCCAGCUGGAUCCUUGGACAACCUCACCGCAGAGGAUUUCAGACUGCUACUGAACGGAGUGGGCGACAUAAACGUGUCUACCCUUAUCUCGUAUACAAGCUUCAACGACGAGUCUGGCGAAGAUAGUGACCGGCUUGUGCGUUUUAAACGCUGGCUGUGGGCUAUUGUAGAGAGAAUGACUCACAAUGAGCGCCAAGAUUUGGUUUACUUCUGGACAGGUUCACCCGCUCUACCAGCGUCAGAGGAGGGUUUCCAGCCGAUGCCGAGUGUGACCAUCCGACCUGCCGACGACACGCACCUACCUACAGCCAACACCUGCAUCUCCAGGCUCUACAUUCCCCUCUACAGUAGUCGGGCCGUGCUCCGGCACAAGCUGCUCUUGGCAAUCAAGACAAAAAACUUUGGUUUUGUCUAGAACAUGCCCCCCUCUAACUGGACUCAGCAGGCCCACUGCAAUGUUUUCUGUUAACUACGUGCAUAUGGCGCAUCUCUCGACAGUUUUAUAUUAAUUAGUCCAAUUCCUCGUUUCUAAAUUAUUUUCAUUAGUGAACACAUUGUAUUAGAAACCCGAGGUUCCGAUUAUCUGUUAGUGAGUAAUGUUUGAAUAAAUAAAAUGAAUGAUGAAAUGAAA